UGGCAUGGUGCUUAAACCCUAAAGUUUGUCGCGCUCAACUGAUUGGAUUUCAAAGAGACUGAGGGAAACUCGAAAUCGCAACAAUGUCAGAUAGAGAAGACAACGAUUCCGACGCCCCUGAGGAAUUCACAGCUGAGCAGGGUAUUCAACAAGACGAAGAGAUUCGAAAGAUUCAAAGAGAAAAUAAGGCCAGGGUUGUUCGUGAAAGAAAAGAACGUCGGAGGAAAUUGGCCCAAUCUCGACCAUCCAAAGCUGAUGAAAACUCUCAAGAUGUUUCAGGCACUGAACCUCAGCAAGAAUCAAAUACAGCUGCGGGGUUUCUUCCCGACAACAUUGUCCAAAUGCUUGCAGCUCGCGAGAAACAAGUGUUCUUAUCUGACAGUGACGAGGAGAAAGAUGAAAUGAAGCCUACCGCUUCAAGGAAGAAAAAAUCAAAGAAGUCAGGUUUUGAACCUCUUAUUUUGAGCGAAGUAGGUCCUCCUCAAUGCUUACAGAGCGCGUUAGAGUUCUUAAAAAAAAGGAAACUGUCAGUUCAAAGAUCGUCUUCAGUUUUGAACAAUUCCAACCAAGCAUUGCGUCUCCUCUCUAGGUCAGGGGUGCUACGCCGGAAAUGAGGAUUUUUAUAUAUUUACCAAAAAGAAUGAGGUGUUAGUGUUGCAAUACUUAUUUUUAACUUGUUAUCUUUGGUGCUUCUGUUGGUCUUGUGAACUGAAUUGUAACAUAAAGAUAUCCUAAAUGUUAGUUACAGUUAAUUAUCCACUCGUGCUCUUUGCCGCAUAGAACACGCUCCUCAAACCUUG